UAACGUUUUUUAUACCCGGCGUGGCGCUGCUGGAUGCUUCUGAUCAAUAGAGGAGGAGGAGGAAAAAAAAAGCUUAGGAUGAGCAUCUAUUUGAGUCGAUCAUUUCCAAGAUCUAAUUCAAGUUUAUUCUUAUGUAGUGGAAAGGCCUUACAAUCUGAAGUUUUACGCUUAAGGGAAGAAAUUUUCUUGGUGGAUGCAGGACCUGGGACCCCCAGAAUUUGUAUGCAAGAUGAGCCUACAAGAGUGCCAAUCAACCGAGCCACCAGGUUUGAGAAUAAGGUGGAAUCCCUGGAUCUAGUGGCCGGUGAAUCACUGAUCAAAAAGAAGAUUUUGGAGAGAUUCUUCAUCGAUCUAGUGGCCGGUGAAUCACUGAUCAAAGAGCGAGCAGCCGCCAGGUUUAAUGAUUUGGUGGGAUCCACAGAUGUAGUGGCUGGUGAACCGCUUCUUCUUCUUCCACGAAGAUUCAGACAAAAGCGAGCUUGGAUGGAACUGAACAAGAUUUGGCGAACGAAUACAAAGGUAAAAGGCUAUUUUUUUAAGAAAAUAAAAGGAGGCUAUCAAGUAGCCAUCGCGGGUUUCAUUACUUUUAUGCCAUUCCGCCGUUUUCGCAAAAGAAAAAGAAAAGGGAUAUCAAAUGAUCGAUUCAACAUUGAGAGCAUUAACAUUAACCCCAAAAGGACGAAUAUUGUGGUGUUCUAACAGCGGCAGAUCAAACAAGAACUUGAUGAGCGAAAUCUGCUGACGAAAAAAAAAGAGCAGUUUUUUCAAUUCCGAAGCGAAGCCUAGCGUCUCCUGAUAA